AUGGGUGCCGCGCUCUCUAACUUCAAGCAGACCAUAUGGCCCACUUUGCAGCAAUCCUUUCCGCCCAAGUCCAAAUUCACGGUAGAGGACAUACCUGAUCUCACCGGAAGGAUUGUCAUAGUCACAGGUGGUAACGUCGGUAUCGGUUACGAGACCGUGAAGGCUCUUCUGCAGCACAAUGCCAAGGUCUACCUCGCCGCCCGCAGCAAGAAUAAGGCAGAGAAGGCCAUCAAUUCCUUGAAGGAGGCGACGGGCAAGGAAGCCAUCUUCCUUCAGCUCGACCUUAGUAGUCUUUCUUCGGUCAAGAAGGCGGCUGAGGAGUUUUUGAGCAAGGAGCCAGAACUUCACAUUCUCUUCAACAAUGCUGGAGUCAUGGUCCCGCCCAUCGAACAGGUGACCGCGGACGGGUACGACCUGCAAUGGGGUACGAACGUGUUAGGCCACUACCACUUCACCGUGUUGCUCUUGCCCGCUCUCCUUGCCGGUGUCAAGUCGUCUCCAGAUCACCACGCUCGCGUUGUGACGACGGCUUCCAGCGGUGCAUAUUUAGACACUCUCCACUGGGAGACAUUCAAAGACACACCCGAGAGGAAGAAGUUGUCGAAAGAGAACCUCUACUUCCAGAGCAAAUUCGGCAAUGUGGUGUUUGCGCGGCAGCUUGCGAAACGAUAUGCUGAGCAGGGCAUUAUCUCCGUAUCUGUCAAUCCCGGGAACAUCCAGAGCGAUCUGCAACGCCACCUUACCGGCCUGCAGAGGAAGCUUGUGAAUGCGAUGCUGUACCCAACGCCAAUUGGUGCGAUCACACAGCUUUACGCCGGUACCGCGCCGGAGGCUCUCAAUCACAACGGCGAGUUUUUCAUACCCUGGGCGCGUGUUGGAAGGUGCCGGCCAGAGGCAUACGAUGACGAGCUAGGGGAGAAGCUUUGGAAAUGGCUCGAGGACGAAGUCAAGGCGCAUGAAGCGUAAUAGUCGCGGACGGCGACUUGAUUCAUCAUUGGACCUCUUCCGAUUUCCAUAAGUGCGUUGGUCGUGAACGCUCUCGGCCAGACCGACCUAACGCGUUCAACGGUAGCUACUACAAGCUCGCAUUACAGCCCUACAAUGUCCGUCUCUUUCCCGUAGCGCUGCGACUGGGACGUGCUAAGAGUAUGCAUGUUUUCACGGGUAUCUCCGCCACUGUUUUGAAUACUGUCAUCCCACGCGCUUCACUCGCGUGGCGGAUUGGAAAUGUAGCCGAGGG